GUAGACGACUAGACCCUGCCUAAACCCUUUCUCAAUCUUCUCUCCUCUCUCUCUUUCUCUCUCUCUCAUGACAAGAGAGUGGAUAAUUCUUUGGUACCAUUCUGAGCAAUGCUAUCCAGACGGUCUCUUGUAAUGUUACCCUCACUCUCACUCACCACCACCAGGCCCUCUCCUCUCUUCUUCUUCUCCUUCACCAAAUUCCCAUCCACCAAUUCCCACACUCUCCGCCUCCCACUUCUCCACCCCACCACCACCACCACCACCACCACCACAACCACCCAAUUCACCAGACCCUCUCCUCUUUUCUUCUUUUCCUCUCUCUCCGCCACCUCACCAAUCCAUGACUCUUCCUCCUCCACAACGCUCUCCAGAAAAGCCAGUAGAAAAGCCCGCCGAGAAUCCCCGGAGGGACUUCUCAAGCUCAAACUCGACAUGUGUUCCAAACACGGCGACGUAGUCGAGGCACUUCGCCUUUACGAAGAGGCCCUUCGAGAUGGACUCAAUCUUGUAUUACUCCAUUACAAUGUGUUGCUCUAUCUCUGCUCUCUAGACAGAAACAGAGGAUCCCAUGUGUUGAACAGAGGUUUCGAGAUUUUUCAAGCCAUGGUUGUAAACAAGGUUGUGCCGAAUGAGGCCACGUUUACUAGCUUGGCGAGGAUAGCUGCGGCCAAGGAAGACCCGGAAAUGGCUUUUGAUUUGAUCAAGAAGAUGAAAGGGUUUGGAAUUGUGCCGAAGUUGAGGUCGUAUGGGCCGGCAUUGUUCGGGUUUUGCGAGAAAGGGAUGGCAGGUAAGGCUUAUGAAGUUGAUGCUGACAUGGUUGAGGCCGGUGUGGUGGCUGAGGAGGCUGAGCUUUCUGCGAUUUUGAAAGUUAGUGGUGUUUGUAACAAUGCACAUAAAGUGUAUGAAACAAUGCACAGGUUAAGAGCUGCGGUGAGACAAGUGUCGGAGACGACUGCUGGGGUUAUUGAGGAUUGGUUUAAAUGCGAAGAGGCGAAAAAAGUAGGAUUAGAGAAUUGGGAUGUGAGCAAAGUGAGGGAAGGGGUUGUGAGAGGUGGUGGAGGAUGGCAUGGUCAAGGGUGGUUGGGGAGUGGGGAGUGGAGAGUGGUGAGGACCCAAAUGGAUGGUACCGGGGUUUGUCAAUCGUGUUGCGAGAAGCUUGUUUGUAUUGAUAUUGAUCCGAAGGAGACGGAAAAUUUUGCUUCCUCAUUGACCAAUGUGGCUUGCCAAAAGGAGGUUAAGGCCGAUUUUGUUCGCUUUCAGGAAUGGCUCCAACGGCAUGGUCCAUUUGAUGCAGUUGUAGAUGGUGCCAAUGUGGGUCUUAUCAACCAGCACAGUUUCAAGUUUUCCCAGCUUAAUAUGGUUGUAAAACAACUACGUCAAAUGAGUCCUUCCAAGCGAUUGCCCCUGGUUAUUUUGCAUAAAAAUCGUGUGACUGGUGGUCCUGCUCAGCAUCCUAAUAACAAGAAGUUGUUAGAGCAUUGGAAAAACUCUGGUGCACUUUAUGCUACUCCUCCUGGUUCAAAUGAUGAUUGGUACUGGUUAUAUGCUGCUGUUAGUUGUAAGUGUUUACUGGUGACAAAUGAUGAGAUGAGGGAUCACCUGUUCCAACUGCUAGGGACAAGCUUUUUUCCAAGAUGGAAGGAAAAGCAUCAGAUUCGACUGUCAUUUGCACAACGUGAGCCUACUCUCCACAUGCCUCCACCUUAUUCAAUUGUUAUUCAGGAGUCAGAAAAGGGUAGUUGGCAUGUUCCUACGAUCACAGGUGACGAUCUUGAGACCCCAAGGCAAUGGUUGUGUGCCACUAGACCCAGGAAUACUUCAUUGUAACAUAUCUAGAGACAUUUAUCUCGGAUGUAUGCACAUGCAUGAGAGAUAGAGAUUUUGUAAUCUUAUUCAGUUGUGUAUGUGUUUUUUAUUUCAUUACUGUAAUUUAAAAUUUUCAAUUAGACAUGAUUAUUAUUCUUUUUUUAAUAAUCAUAUUAAAUACAACACAUUAAAUCAGUAAACUAUCAAUGACAAACUUAUUUCAUUUUCUCCUGU